UUAGCAGAAAAUUGUCUCUCGUGUGCUUUUUUGUUAACAAAACAUUUUAUUUUUUGAUCAAUUUUUGAUAUUUUAACGUGAUUGCCAGUUGAUGAGAAUAUUUCGACGACUUCUGAUGGGGCUCGUGGAACAAGUUAUUCCCCAAACGCAGGCGAAACACAGCGGGACAGUAAUUUUUUUCCACGGAUCAGGCGAUACGGGGCACAAUCUUGCACAAUGGAUCAUCUUCCUACUUGGCAAACAAAUGGAAUUUCCGCAUCUAAAAGUGAUUAUCCCGACAGCUCCGGUUCAACCUUAUACCCCAAUGGGCGGACAAAACUCGAAUGUUUGGUUUGAUCGACGUGCAAUUGACUAUGCGGCACCCGAAAGUCGUCGUUCGAUGGCCUCGAUGUACGAAAUUGUCUCGGAACUCAUUCAACGCGAAAUAAAUUUGGGAAUUUCGCCUGAUAGGAUUAUCGUUGGCGGGUUUUCCAUGGGAGGCGCUUUGAGUUUACACAUUGCUUAUCACCUGAGACGAGAUAUUGCCGGCGUUUUUGCUUGUUCGUCAUUUUUGAACAAAGAUUCCGUCGUUUAUGAGUCGCUACAAACUGUCCCGAAAGACACAAAAAUGCCAAAGUUGCUGAUGUUCCAUGGAGAUCGCGAUACUCUUGUGCCGAUGGAUUGGGGAAGGAAAACUUUUGAUAAAUUAACGGAGCUCGGAGUACAGGGAGAAUUUGUGCCGCUUAAAAAUACGUUGCACGAACUAAAAACAAGGGAAUUAAAACAAAUUAUUGAGUGGAUUAACACGACUUUACCGCCUUUGGAUUCGGAUUUGGUGAAUAAAUUAUGAAAUUAAUGAUUUUUGUACAAAUUAUAGCACGAAAAAUAGAAAAAAAUUGACGCUCAAAAAUUUUUCUAUUAAU